AUGAUUUACCCUCCGGUCUUCGAAUCACCAGGCCUUCUAAACCACACGGUUAAUACCUGGAAGGGAGAGAACGGCGGGAACAUCGUCCACAAAUUGAAAUUCCUGGCCAAAAAGGCGCAAGGCGUCGCCGAGUCGAUUGAGAAAUUCGUCACACGCGACGAUCCCAAGUAUUUUUUGCUGAUGAAGCCGACGCUGGACCCAGCCCUGUACGGACUCACCCCAGACUGGACCCGGCUGGGCCCCGAACGCCGGACCCAUCCGGACCCCGCCCGCCAGACCCGCUUCAGAGACGCGAUGCAGGAGACCCAGUCCGACCGAUGCAUGGCCGACCUCAUGGGCACCUGGGAGGACCAGCCCUCCCGGGAGGACCAGCCCUCGUGCCACAUCUCCCCCCCCUGCGCGGGACUCAUGCUCGGCCGCGCCUCCCAGUCCGGGUAUUCCCUCACUCACCAGCUUCUCUUCGUCUUCAUCGGGGCCAGGAUGGGCUGUUUGGAGCAGUUGGACUCAAAAUCGUGGAAACUCCACGGUCUCCCGAUUUCUCGCCUGACGGAAGCAUUUCUGCGCCGCGUGUUGCGCGAGGCGCAGGACAUCGCGGAUUCCGGAUUCGCGCGGAACCGCCGGGAUCUGUUCUUGGAGCAAGAGGUCGUGGGAUUGCUCUUCGGCUUCGAGGACUUCAUCAAGACGGAGUGGCUGGACACAAUCUUGAGCUGGCAGACUCAAUCCGGCUGCUACUCGCCGUUUUCAAGGCGGACGGAUAGCAGAAGCCUGACCUCGAGGAUUCAACUGAGACGAGACUCGUACUCGCUGGACGGGGAGUGCUCGGCGCACAUGACGACGCUGGCGGUGGGGACCCUCGCGCUGUAUGCAACGUAUAUGGCCCAGGGGGUGGAUGUGGCCCAGGGGGUGGAUGCGGCCCAGGGGAGGAAAGAAGAGAAGAAUCAGGAAAACCAAGACUCGGCUCCUGACGCCAAUGGAGAACCUGCCGGCGAGCCAGAUUUCAGCGAUCCAGAAGGCUACGUUGAUAAUAUCUCAGAAGAAGAGCUUCUUGGAGAGCUAUUGGAUAAGAAACCCAAGGAAUCGGGUGGCAUCGACUCCAUCAUUGUUGUUGAUGGCAUUCCCAAGGUUGGACCAGAGAGGCUCGAGAAGCUGCAGUCUGUGAUCCGCAAAAUAUUCUCCAGUUUCGGGAAGCUCGUCACUGAGCACUAUCCUACUUCUGAAGAUGGUUUCACCAAAGGGUACAUGUUCUUGGAGUAUAGCAGCCCAGUCAAUGCUGCAAAUGCUGUGAAAACUACCAACGGUUACAAACUCGACAAGGCGCACACUUUCUGCGUAAAUGUGUUCACUGACUUUGAAAAGUAUGCUAGUAUUCCAGAAGACUGGAUCCCACCUGAACCACAGCCCUUCAAGGACCAUGGCGACCUCAGAAGCUGGCUAACUAACCCAGAUUGCUAUGAUCAGUACAGUGUUAUAUAUGAAGGAGGGGAGAAGACUGCAAUAUAUCUCAACUCCUUCCCUGAGCCAUCCCUCAUUGAGCAGAGAGCUCGUUGGACAGAGACGUACGUUCGGUGGUCUCCACUGGGUACAUAUCUGGCAACAUUCCAUCAACGAGGAGUUGCCCUUUGGGGUGGAGAGGGUUUCCAGCAAAUCAUGAAGUUCUCUCAUCCUGGUGUUCAGUUCAUUGAUUUCUCACCUCAGGAAAAGUACUUGGUGACAUUCAGCCCACAUGCAGCCACGAAGCAGAUGUUGGGAGACCCAGGGGAGCCUCAAGCUGUGAUCAUCUGGGACGUCCUGACGGGCCAGCGCAAGCGAUCCUUUCAUGCCGGAAUCUGGCCCAUCCUCAGGUGGUCCCACGAUGACCAAUACUUUGCCAGAUGCAGUCAGGAUAUGCUCAGUGUCUAUGAGACUCCUUCUUUUGGUUUGCUUGACAAGAAGAGUUUGAAGCUGCCAGGCAUCAAGGACUUUUCUUGGUCUCCUACUGACAACAUCAUUGCUUAUUGGAUGGCAGAGGAGAAGGACAUCCCAGCUCGAGUGACCCUUCUCGAAAUUCCGAGCCGGAAUGAGAUUCGUGUGAAGAACUUGUUCAAUGUGGCCGACUGCAAAAUGCACUGGCAGAAGAGUGGUGAUUACCUGUGUGUGAAGGUCGAUCGUUACUCAAAGGUCAAGAAGGACAAGGAUGAAAUCAAAUACAGUGGUAUGUACUAUAACUUUGAGGUCUUCCACAUGCGAGAGAAGCAGAUUCCUGUUGACAGUGUUGAGAUCAAGGAGCAGAUACAAGCCUUCGCCUGGGAACCCGUUGGAAACAAGUUUGCUGUCGUCCAUGGAGAAGCUCCAUCCAUCAAUGUUUCAUUCUAUAGUGUCAAGACUGGGCAGACCCCAAUCCUUCUCAAAAAGUUUGAAAGGAAGCAGUGCAACCAACUUUUCUGGAGUCCAGCAGGACAAUUCAUUGUUUUGGCUGGCUUGCGUGGGAUGAAGGGAGACUUAGAGUUUGUGGACACCAGUGAUUUCUCCAUCCUCAAUUCUUCUGAUCAUUACAUGGCUACAGAUGUGGAAUGGGACCCCACAGGAAGAUAUGUCGCAACUGCCCUGGGAUGGUGGACCACCAAGGUCGACAAUGCAUAUUGGCUGUGGACGUUCCAAGGGAAAAUCCUCCAGAAACACACACCCGAGAAGUUCUGUCAGUUGCUGUGGAGACCCCGCCCUCCGAGUCUCCUCGACACCAAGCAGAUCAAGGAGGUCAAGAAGAACCUAAAGAAGUAUAGCAAAAAGUUCGAUCAUGAAGACUCCAUCAAGUCAUCUGUUGAAUCAAAGGUUCUCCUGGAUAAGAGAAGGAAACUGCUGAAGGAAUUCAAGGACUACCGAGAGAGGAAGGAGGAGGAAUUCAUAGAGCAGCGAUUGCAAAGACUGCAACUGCGAGACAACGUGGACACGGAUACGGUCCAGGCCGAGGAGACCAACAUGGACGUGGAGACGCUGGAGUUCCUCAUGUCCGAGGACGUGACCGUCCUCAAGGACUGAUGGAUGCCCACGGUCGAGGAAGGGCAUCAGUGGGGAUGCGUGGUAGCCAUCAGCAGCGUUCUUGCCUGUGUUGCUUUCCUUCCUUGCAAUUGUGUCCUCAUCUGUCUGCAUGCAGUGAAUCUGAUGAUUCUCGUUUUGGAAUUGCAACAAGAGUUUCGUUUCCUACGAG